AUGGCUGCACAUACCGCGCUGCCCCACAACCUGCGCCGGGGCUUGGUGGCCUUCAGCAGCUCCCUCUUCGUUGACAACAAGACUUGGGACAGCAGCACUACCCGCCCCUACCAGCCAGCCCACGAAGUGCUGGCCAGCCUGCCCCUCCAGAUGAUGCUGUACUUUAAUGCCUACUACUUCCCAGUCUGGUGUCUGGCCCAGGGGAUGAUGCUGCAGCUGAAGUACCACCUGCUGCCCCAGCACUACCAGUUCCUGCUGGUCACGGCCUUCCUCAUCCUCUCACUGGCUGAGGGCUCCCGUCUCUACCUGGGCUAUGUGGGAAACCUGCAGGAGAAGGUGCCCGAGCUGGCUGGGUUCCUCCUCCUCUCCUUCCUGAUCCAGCUCCCACUCCUGCUCUUACUGCUGACAGACCACAACAUCAUUUGCCUGCCCCUGGAGAUGAUCAUGAACAGCCUUCUCCUGGCCUUCCUUCUUGCCGAGAUUGCAGCUGCCUUCCUUGCUCUGAAGACCAUGACCAAGCAGCUGGCAGCACAGUUCUGCCUGCGGCAGAUCCAGGGAGGUGACAGGGGCCAGCCGAGGCAGGGGGACAGAGAGGGGCAGGCAGCUGAUGAGGGGUGA